GUGACGGGCAGGUGGCCUGACCAAUCAGCUGCCAUGUCUGCACGAGUGAGGCCUCUGGUCCCGCCCAGAUUUCUCGUAGAGGGGGUGGACCAGGUUACCGUGGACACAGAGGACAUUAUAGAAAAAAAGCAAACAGAUGCUGGAACUCACUUCAACACCAACACCAACAAUAACAAUGAAGAGAAAAAAGAGAAGAAAGAAAAAAAGGAAAAGAAGGAAAAGAAAAAAGAAAAAGAUGAGAAAGAGAAAGAAAAAGAGAAAGAGAAAGAAAAAGAAAAGGAGAAAGAAAAGGAGAAAGAAAAAGAGAAAGAAAAGGAGAAAGAGAAACCAAAGGAGAUUGAAGUCGUGGAUCCAGCAGGAAACACGUACUACCACUGGCUGUUUGUGAUCACAUGUCCUGUGAUGUAUAAUUGGAUCCUCAUCAUAGCAAGAGCUUGUUUUGAGGAAUUGCAGGAGGACUUCUUGAUUUACUGGUUCAUUUUGGAUUUCUUAUCUGAUGUGGUGUAUCUGUGUGACAUGGUGUUCAGGACCAGGACAGGUUAUCUGGAGCAGGGUCUCUUGGUGAAAGAUGAGAAGAAGCUUCGCGAUCGCUACAUGAAGAGCAUCCAGUUCAAACUGGACCUGGCCUCCAUGGUUCCCACCGACGUCUUCUACUUUUACUUUGGGCUGAACUACCCAGAGAUUCGCAUGAACAAGCUACUGAGGAUCAAUCGCUUGUUCGAGUUUUUCCAGCGCACCGAAACACGGACUAACUUUCCAAAUCUGUUCCGAAUCUCCAACCUCGUCAUGUACAUCGUGAUCAUCAUCCACUGGAACGCCUGCAUGUAUUACUCGUUCUCCAAGGCCAUUGGUUUUGGAGCGGAUAAGUUCGUGUACCCGGAUAUUACACAUCCAGAGUAUGGCCGGUUGGUGAGAAAGUACGCGUACAGCAUGUACUGGUCCACCCUGACCCUCACCACCAUUGGUGAAACUCCACCACCCGUCAAGAACUCUGAGUACUUCUUUGUGGUAACAGACUUCCUGGUGGGCGUGUUGAUUUUUGCCACCAUUGUCGGUAAUGUCGGUUCAAUGAUCACGAAUGCAAACGCGGCACGAGCAGAUUUCCAGGCUCGCAUCGAUGCUAUUAAGCAGUACAUGAGCUUUCGAAAGGUCACCAAAGACCUAGAGAAACGGGUCAUUAAAUGGUUUGAUUACUUGUGGACCAACAAGAAAGCAGUAGAUGAGAGAGAAGUUCUAAAUUACCUGCCAGGCAAGCUGAGGGCAGAGAUCUCUAUAAGUGUCCACCUGGACACUCUGAAGAAGGUGCGGAUCUUCGCAGACUGCGAGGCCGGGCUGCUGGUGGAGCUGGUGCUGAAGCUUCAGCCGCAGGUCUACAGCCCCGGAGACUACAUCUGCAAGAAGGGUGAUAUCGGCCGUGAGAUGUACAUCAUUAAAGAAGGGAAACUGGCUGUGGUGGCCGAUGAUGGCAUCACACAGUUUGUGGUGCUAAGUGACGGCAGUUACUUCGGAGAGAUCAGCAUCCUCAACAUCAAGGGCAGUAGGGCAGGGAAUCGCAGAACCGCCAACAUCCGCAGCAUUGGCUAUUCGGACCUCUUCUGCCUUUCCAAAGAUGACCUGAUGGAGGCACUGACCGAAUAUCCAGAUGCCAAGGCCAUGCUAGAGGAGAAGGGACGACAAAUCCUGAUGAAGGACAAUCUUCUGGAUUUGGAGGUGGCCAAGCAAGGUCCCGAUCCCAAAGACAUGGAGGAAAAGGUGGUGAAGAUCAUUAGCGUUCUGGAUGAAUUCCAGACUCGCUAUGCCCGCCUGUUAGCCGAACACGAGACCACACAAGGGAAACUGAAGAGGCGCGUCACUAAACUAGAAAAGAAGAUCACAGACUCCAGCGGAGUGGAGAUCUCUGAGAUGGCGAAAGAAUAAGAUGAAAGCUGCAGAUAAACCUGACAAAUAAACAAAUUAGUUUUAGAAUUUUGAAAAGAAGCCUUGUAUAUUUUGUGGUCCACCGUGGGUUUGGACUGGAUUUGUGGGGUUGGAUUAAACCGUAGAUUCAUAUCAGGUUUAUCCUGGACUGUCUUUGUUUGAACCAACAUGGAAUGAAUAAAUCUGCUAAAUGCAAAUGUAAGAUAUUGUACAGAUGAUUUGAUUUCACAGCUUUUAUCUGUGGUUAGUACUGAUCAUAUCAUGUUACAAAUAUGUCAUGUAUUCUGUCAUGUCUUUCAUGAAUGAAAUAAAUUAUUUUUGUUAGUAUAGUCUACCCAGGUGAAA